UAAAAAAAAGAAUGGGAUUAAUGACAUCAUGAAAUCCUGAUUAUGUUUAUGUAACACAGAACAAACUAAAGACUGACUUUUUGAUAAAACAAGGUCUUUGCAUUUGCUGGGCAUUCUUGAUUCUCCCUGCUUUCUUGCUUAACUUUUCUAACAAACCCAUCUACCCUUUUCCUUUUAUGAACCAGCUAUUUAUUUAUUUCUUAUGUUAGUCUCCAGUACUAGAAUCCUCAGGUUUCAAAGAGAAGUUGCAUAGAAGAUGGGUAAUUACAGGUUUAGAUUGUCAGAUAUGAUACCAAAUGCCUGGUUUUACAAGCUCAAAGACAUGAGCAGAGGCAGAAAACAAUGCAACUCUCAGAGGUCUUUCAAGAAAAAAUCAUUUUCAGCAAAAACAUCUUCUCAAAAAUCCAACAUCUCUCAGCCAAGAUACACCUACUACUUCACCACAGAACCUUGUAGAGCUGAUAAAUUCUACAAUUCACCUGUAAACACUAAGGCCUCAGAUACUCGUUUCCCUGAUUCACCAAGAAGAUCAUCAUCCAAUAAAAGAAGCAAAAGAAAAACAAUCUACAAGCCUUCUCCUAAGCUUGUCUCUUCAUCUUUUCCUUCUGAUUGUAGCUGUCAUGCAAAGGUCAAUUCGGUCUGGACCAAGUCCAUUGCUCAAGCUCACUCACCUGUAGAAUACUCUAGCCCUCUUCCUGAGACCUCCCCUGAACCUGGCUUCCACGAAUCUCUUCUAUCUGAAUCUGAGGAUGAUGAUGAUGGUUUUGCUCCUAAUUACUCAUUUGAUCAAGAAUUUGCCGCCUGCUCUAGCUCUUGUAACUGUAAAGUAAGUUCUUCAACUACUGAUAUUAUCAUUGACGUGAAUGGUGAAUCCUUUAAGAGUAAAACUAAGAAGAUUGAUGGGUUCGAAACCAUUUCUGAGGUGGAGCUACCGCCUAUAUUCACCAAGCCAGCAAAAUUCAAUGGCGAGAUGAGUCAAGUCACAAAGUUCAAAAGAACAUCAUCUAAACCGGAGGAGAUAAAAGCGAACAGGUCUCUUUCUGUUAAGAAUGUAAAGGAGGAAAGAGAUGGGACUCAUAAAGAGCAGAAGUCCAAACCUGUCACACAAAGAUCCUCACCAAAUUCUGUGGGGAUAAGACUUCGAGUUAACUCUCCAAGAAUUGCAAGCAGGAAGAUUCAGGCUUGUGCCCGUAAAAGUUUGUCAGCAUCAAGAAACAGGACUCUCUCAGAGAGCCUUGCAGUGGUUAAGUCCUCAGUUGAUCCACAGAAAGACUUCAGGGAUUCAAUGGUGGAGAUGAUCAUAGAGAACAAUAUCAGGACAUCAAAAGAUUUGGAAGAUCUUCUUGCUUGUUACCUUUCACUCAAUUCAAAAGAGUACCAUGAUCUUAUAGUCAAGGCAUUUGAAGAAAUCUGGUUUGAUAUGACUGACCUUCGCCUGUAAAUAAUUUUUAGAUUUCUUAAUGUAUUUUACUGCUUUAUUAAGGUCUUCUCUUCUCUCUUCCUCUCAGAACUCAAACAAGCAUUAAUAGGCUACUCGGUCUUUAUGUAUACAAUCUAUGCUUUAGUGUUCUGUAAAUGUACAGCUUAUUGUUCCCUGGGAAGUUAUGCUUCUGUUUAAAUCA